GGCCAGCAGCACAUGGACGGACGGACGGACGAAGAGAGAGAGCUUUUAUCCUCAUUUUACUACUCGUGUGCUGUGUGACGGUGAAUUUGGGCAGUUUUUUUCAUUUCAAAGGAGAGCGAAUAACGAGAAGCAGCCAGGCAGCAAAACCAACGAGCCAAACCAACAGCCAGCCAGCCAAGAAGAAGAACAACAGAACAGAACAGAGAACAGACUAAAUCAAGAACAGAAAGAACACGGACGGAUGAUCAAAAACCGACGAGCUUAUCUUCUUGUGUCUCUCCCUCUUCUACUUCUUCUUGACUGCCUGUGAGAAUACUUCUUUUUUAAAAAAAACUUACGGAUUAUUGAAAUUUUGCUGAGUUUUUUUGUGGUGGUGGUGGGGGUGUGAACUGUAUUAAUUUGGGGGAAAUAUCAUCACCUGAAAAAUGGACAAUUAACGGAUAAUAGGACAGUUUUAGAGAGAGAGAGACCGACGGUGUGGGUGGAUUGGAUUGGAUGUGUGUAUGGUGUGGUUGUAAAAGUUGGUGACGACGAAUUUUUAACUAUUACUAACAAGACGGAGAAGAAGGUCGUCACUACUUCUUUCUUCUUCAUGUUGUCCUCCCGGUGGUGUUUGUUGAGAUAAGACACACUCCUCUCGGCGGCCGCUACUCUUACUGCCCUCGUCUUCAGCAGAAGGGGUUUAGCCUAGACUGUCAGAGUAGGAGGAGGAGGAAGUUUAAAUCCAGUGAAGAUGGCGAGUGACGAAGGAUUGCCGUCCCAAUUUGGGAUCGGGCUGGGUGAUUUGCGAGAUCUUAUGGAAAUACGGGGGAUAGAAGCGCAAGAAAAAGUUGCAGAGGUGGGAGGAACCCAGGAGAUAUGUCGAAGACUGGCUUCAUCGCCUAUAAACGGCUUAACUGGAUCAAAGGCAGACCUGGAGCUUCGACGCCAGGUUUAUGGUGCCAACGUCAUUCCACCAAAACCCCCGAAAACCUUUCUCAUGCUGAUGUGGGAGGCGAUUCAAGACGUGACCCUCAUCAUCCUUCAAGUAGCUGCCCUAGUCUCCUUAAUACUUUGGCUCGUAACGAAAUAUAGUUCUGGGGAUGACCAUGACGAGGAAGAUGACGAGGAGCAUGGCUGGAUUGACAGUGUGGCCAUUCUUGUGUCGGUCGUGGUCGUAGUGCUGGUUACUGCAUUCAACGAUUAUACCAAAGAGCGUCAAUUUAGAGGUUUACAAAGCCGGAUUGAGGGCGAACAUAAUUUUUGUGUCAUUCGGGGAGGAGAAGUGAGACAAAUUCCGGUCAGCGAAAUUGUCGUGGGUGACAUUUGUCAGAUAAAGUAUGGCGAUCUUUUACCCGCGGAUGGUAUUUUGCUACAAAGUAACGAUUUAAAAAUUGACGAAUCGUCACUCACCGGAGAGUCAGAUCAUGUCAAGAAAAGUGAGAAUACAGACCCAAUGGUGUUAUCAGGUACCCACGUCAUGGAGGGCAGUGGCAAGAUUGUCGUCACUGCGGUAGGCAUUAAUUCUCAGUCCGGCAUCAUUUUCGCCCUCUUGGGCGCUGCAGCUGAGGAAACUGAGAAGGAGAAGCCAAAAAAGAACAAAGUAGAACCCGUCAAACCCGAAACUCCAAGGGUUAUGAAGCGAGAUGAAGAGGCUGGAAUGCGACCUGUGAUUUCAAACAGCCAUCAAACCGCUGUCAGAGAUGGGAGACCACCUCCAAUUCCAGAAGAAGCUCCAAUUCCAAAGGAAAAAGUGGAGGACAAAGGACAUGAAAAAUCCGUGCUGCAAGCUAAGCUAACUAAACUCGCCAUACAGAUUGGAUACGCUGGUACCGCAAUCGCCGUGUUGACCGUGGUCAUCAUGUUUGUUCGGUUCAGCGUUUUGACCUACGUAAUCGACGGAAAAGAGUGGCAUAUUAAAGAUGCCCAGAAAUUUGUGACAUUCAUUAUUACCGGUAUUACUGUGCUCGUCGUUGCCGUUCCGGAAGGUUUGCCAUUAGCUGUCACGCUGUCGUUGGCAUACUCUGUGAAGAAAAUGAUGAAAGACAACAAUCUUGUCCGACAUUUGGACGCUUGUGAAACUAUGGGUAAUGCCACCGCCAUUUGUUCCGACAAAACUGGUACUCUCACUACAAACAGGAUGACUGUUGUCCAAUCCUAUGUUUGUGGAAGUAAUCGGAAAACUACUCCAAACUAUGGCGAUUUACCUCCUCACGUUGCUGACGUACUUGUUCACGCAAUUGCUGUCAAUUGUGCUUACACUUCUCGAGUUUUGCCUCCAGAUAAUCCGGGAGAACUGCCGAAACAAGUCGGUAAUAAGACAGAGUGUGCUCUACUUGGCUUUAUUAGAGAUAUGGGGAAGGAUUUCGGACAAAUUAGAGACAGAAUCCCGGAAGAAUCGUUUACUCGUGUUUACACAUUCAAUUCCGUGCGUAAGUCCAUGAGCACAGUGAUCCCACGACAAGGAGGAGGAUACCGGUUGUUCACCAAGGGUGCUUCAGAAAUGAUAUUAAAGAAAUGCGCGUACGUUUACGGGAAGGAUGGAAAAAUUGAAAAGUUUCCCAGAGAGUCUCAGGAUCGUUUAGUUUCGGACAUUAUUGAACCCAUGGCUUGUGACGGUUUGCGUACCAUAGCAGUCGCAUACAAAGAUUUCGUUCCACACAAAGCCGAAGAGAAUGAAGUCCUGUCCGAAGGCGACCCCAACUGGGAUGAUGAAGACAAUAUUGUAAAAGAUCUGACAUGCGUGUGCAUCGUUGGAAUCGAAGAUCCUGUCAGACCUGAAGUACCUGACGCAAUCAAGAAAUGCCAGCGAGCGGGAAUCACAGUGAGAAUGGUCACUGGAGAUAAUGUGAAUACGGCUCGAUCCAUUGCUCAGAAAUGUGGCAUCGUCAAACCCGGUGACGAAUAUUUAAUUUUGGAAGGAAAGGAAUUCAACCAAAGAAUUCGAGACAGUAAUGGAGAAGUCCAGCAACACUUGAUUGACAAGGUUUGGCCAAAGUUGCGAGUUUUGGCCCGAUCCUCACCAACGGAUAAGUACACCUUGGUUAAGGGCAUUAUUGACUCGAAGGUAAACGAGAACCGUGAAGUCGUCGCCGUAACCGGUGAUGGAACGAACGACGGUCCAGCAUUGAAGAAAGCAGAUGUCGGGUUUGCCAUGGGUAUCGCUGGAACGGACGUUGCAAAAGAAGCUUCUGAUAUUAUUCUUACUGAUGAUAAUUUUUCGUCUAUUGUCAAAGCUGUUUUGUGGGGCCGAAAUGUGUAUGACAGCAUCGCCAAGUUUCUACAGUUUCAAUUGACUGUGAAUGUCGUUGCUGUGAUUGUGGCCUUUAUUGGUGCUUGUGCUGUGAGCAGCAGUCCUCUCAAGGCUGUGCAAAUGUUGUGGGUAAACUUGAUUAUGGAUACUUUGGCGUCCCUUGCCUUAGCUACUGAAAUGCCUACUCCGGAUCUUUUAUUGAGAAAACCAUACGGUCGUACAAAGCCCUUGAUCUCGCGCACGAUGAUGAAGAAUAUUUUGGGUCAAGCUAUUUAUCAGCUGGUUGUUAUUUUUUCUCUGCUCUUUAUUGGAGACAAGCUCUUGGAUAUUGAUAACGGCACUACUAUCACCGAACCGUCGACACACAUGACCAUGAUAUUUAACACUUUUGUAAUGAUGACUCUCUUCAAUGAAAUAAAUGCGAGGAAAAUUCACGGACAAAGAAACGUGUUCAAAGGAAUCUUCACAAAUCCCAUCUUCUACGUGAUCUGGAUUCUCACAGCCGGUUUACAGAUUGUAAUCGUCCAAUGUGGUGGAUUAGCCUUUUCAACUUAUCCACUACGAUUGGAAGAAUGGAUGUGGUGUUUGGUAUUUGGUGUUGGUGCUCUUAUCUGGGGUCAAGUUGUCACCACAGUUCCGACGCGAACACUGCCCAAAUUAUUAUCGUGGGGACGUGGGCACCCAGAACAGUACACUGACGUCGUACCUUUGGGAGAAGAAGGAUAUGAUGCGGAUGCAGAAAAAAGGCGAAGUGCUGGUCAAAUUUUGUGGAUUCGGGGGCUGACCAGGUUGCAAACGCAGGUCAUAGGCGGUGAAUUGCAAGAGAGAUUAAUCCCGGUUCCCUACAGCAAGAGCUCCACAGAUCAAGCUAUCCGUGUAGUUAACGCAUUCCGCCAAGGACUGGAUACUCGCUAUGGGGAGCGGAGUAACCCCUCGAUCGCUGCCGUGCUCCAAAAACAGGCGUCCCUCAGCAAACGCCUCUCCCAAACUUCUUCCAUCGAGUACGCCGACAAUUAUCCGUACGAAGUCUCGGCCCCAGAGUUUGAACGACUCAGUUCUCGAAGCCAUACGGAGACGGCGGUAUAGUCGACGUCGACGACGCCAAUGUCGCCGCCGACGCCACGCGUGCCACCACCACCGCAAAACAACGACCAUCUUACAACAUCACGACCUUCUUCGUGUGUAUCAUUCUCAGUUCAAUACAUAUUUACCGUUAACUAAGGAUACAAUUCAUUCGUGUGUACUCAAAAGACCGUUUCAGACAGGCCUACUCCACCCAGAAGAUAUAUAUCCAUGUAUAAAAAAAUAACUAUUACCUUCACAACAACAGCCAUUUAUUAUUAUUAUUAUUCGUAAUUAGUAGUUAGUUAGUUAGUAAGUAGAAAUCAAUCCCCACACGCUCCAGUUCUAGCCGGGCUAUAAUUAUGUAAAUAUUCUUAGUAUUUUCAUUCUUCUUCUCAUUUAAGGUGCGUAUCGAGACCUGCGCAGUGCGUGGGUCGUAAAUUAUACGCAGAUUUAUUAUUAACCCAACAACUUUAUUAUAUGUCGCCACCCUCCCUUCUUCAAAAAUAUAUUUACAUUUAUUAUUCUACCAACCACGGUUUGUCGACAAAGAAGAAGAAAAAGUUUCACAAAAAGAAGUGGGUACUGCCAAAAAAUCUACGGUACGGUUUAUAUAAAUUUUAGUGAGUGAGGGAGGACAUGUGUAAAAGUAAAAUGUAGUUAGUUAAUGUAACCCAAAAAUCACCAAUUUACUUCUCCGUGCUAAAUAAUAUACUAUAUACUUGUUACAUAAAUACGUUACGGCAUUUACUUUAUCUACAGAUAAGUCUUCUCAGUUGAUAAUCGUCGUCGUCACCACCAGUACUACUACUAAAUACCACCACUUACUAACUAACUAAAAAACCCACGUGUUAGAUAAUAGAGCUUGUGACUUCCAUCAUACAUAAAUAUUCUAGUCCAAAACUUGUUCUUAUCAAAAUAAAAGAAAGAAAACAGAGAGUUCGAAAAGCAUGCAUAUGUACCUUACAAAAAACGGAGGAAGAAAGUUUUUUUUCAAUAACGAUUAAUAAUUAGUUAAUAAUGCAAAAAAUACUAAAAUGAUGAAUGAUUAGAGAAAAGAAAAAACCCACUUUCCAAAUGUACUACUCUACUUCUACUCCUAAUUAAUUAAUUACUUAUACUUAUACUUUUAAAACACAAAUAUUUGUACCACCACUUUUUGGCUAUAAUUAAUACCUCACUACUAAAUACCCACGUAUGUACACAUAAAUAAUUAAUACAUACAACCAGAUCUGUUCCUUUAUUACUUACUUACUUGCGACGAUUAUAUAUCCAUUACGUAAUAACCUUAUCAUCACACCGGUAUCAGUAUCAGUCUAGUUUUUAUGCUGUAUAACGACAAAUAUUGAAUUCAUGUACGUUUCGUAUGUAUGUAUGUAAAUGUCUUUGUAUUUGCGUGAAUGUAUAUAAAGUUAAAGAAUAACUUUGUAAAAAAAAAUGUCAAUCUUUACCGUAAAAGUACAUCCUGUGGUCAGACCAGGCCACCCACCGUACAACUCAUCACAUCAGCUUUAAAUACCCCCCCCCACACACACAAAAUGUCAUCAUAAUUAAAAUCCCCCCACCUCGCCGCACGUGUCAUGUCCCCACGUGGUCAUGCAUAAAAAAACUGCGACACCUUUUCUCUUCCCAUGUCGACGUCCUUUUUAACUCAGAAAUGAAAUUAUUCUCGCCGCUCCGUGUCUAGAUUAUAAACGAAGAAAUGGCUGGCUAACUAAAAAAUGGGGCGCUCAAUUUUUCUAUACAUGUCAAAAUAGUUAAUUUAUUACGACUAGAUUGUAUUAUUACUUGAGAGACUCUUGUGACUGAAUUCCAUAUUUUUUCUCACCCUUUUUCAUACACCGUCAAAAUAUUUCUCUCUCACUCACUCACUUUUCAUUCCUUCUUUGUAACUAAUUUCGUUUCAGUAAUGUAAAAAUCUGCUUGUUUUCCACAGUGACUUUUCUUCAGGAAAAUAUAAAUCCAUGGGAUAUGGAUUUAUUUAAAAUUGUGUGUACUACUAAAAAAAUGUAAGGGUAAAUUUUUUUCUGGCAGAGAAAAUAUCUUCCUGACAUUUGACUAUUCCCCAAAUCCCCACCCCCACCACAUCAGGAUAAUUAGUAAUAUAUACUAACCUUUGGUUGCUAAAUCUACCUCUCUUUCCUCUAAUAUUCACCAAACAAAAUCAUACUUUUUAACGCAAUGACAAGUCAACCAACAAAUUCCAAAAUUUUCAGAAAAAAAAACAACAAUAAGUAAUGUUCGAUCCUCCACAACAGCAAUUACCACCUAAAAUUAUUGACUUUCCUACCCUCUUUCUUCUUCUCCUCACUAAUAAGUAGAUAACUCCAAACAAAUGAUAACCCGUAGCUAGCUAACUAAUCAACCAAUUAACGAGAACUAAGCCAUUACUUAGGUCCUGUAAUUUUUCUUUUGAAAAAAAGUACUUACAGAAAAGUAGACGUGGUGAUGAGGGAUGGAUGUCAUCCUUCCUGCAAGCCAAAUAUAUAUCUAGCCCGAUUAUUUACAUAUUUAUGUACUUACAUACACUGGCUUAAAAGGAGGGGGCUUUUCCCUCCGGGGAGGACGAUUCAGUUUUCAUUUCACCAAAAAAACUAUACCCAAACCUUGUGUGAAGUGCAAUUCGUACGUAUUAUUUUUUAUCAAUUUGUGACAAGAGAAUAAAAUGGUGAACGAGAACAUGAACGUCCGACCGAAGAAGAUGUGGUGAUCACUAAAAAACGAACUAACUUAUUAACUUAGCCAUAUUUAUAGACGGUUAUCUUGUUAUAAUUAUUGUUAUUAUUAUUGAUUAGUGUGUGAUGAUAAAUUCUAGUACUUACAUAAUUGCCAUAAUAAUUAAUAAUAAUAAUGAGGAGGAGGAAACUAGUGCUAAAAAAAUUAGAUAAUAUGGUGGUCGUCCUGCAAAAUGCCAUAACACAUCACACGAUGGAAGAAAUCAAUUUACGCAGGCAAAAAAAGUGGGGGUGUUCUUUUCUUAAUUUUUUGCGAAAAAAAUAACAAGCCGUGAUUUACAAGGGUUAUUAUUAUCACUUUGAUUUUAAAGAACAACUUGAUUUUGGGGACAUGUCACACAGUCAGAUUUUUUGUUUGUGGGGGUGACACGAACGGGAAGGAAGGAACCCUUGCGUGGAGAGGAAAGUAUUUAGCAAAAUGGGAGAAAUACAUACAUACAUAAAUACUAAAAAAACUACUCUUGGGUUGGGUCAGAUUUUAAUAAGUGUUCAAUGAAUUUAAGGAGUACAUAUUAUGAUUAUAUAUUAAAAAAGAAAGUUUGAUGAUCUUGAUGAUGAUGACGAUGUGAAAUGAAAUAGCCUCCGAUAGCUCACCAAAAGUUGGCUUUCUGUUCAAUAAUAAAAACAACUCUUUGAUAAUAAACAUG